AUGAACGAGAAUACUCGAGAAGCCGCCUACGCAGCCACCAUCCUCGUUUCCCUCUUCAUUUCGCUUUCCACAAUUACUUCGUUCUUCGUCUCCGUUCAGCCGCUCGCUUCCAUUAUUCGGCCUUCCAUCCAGAACGCCGUCAACGAUGCAAACUACUGUCAGGUCAGUUUCUUUACUCUAUUUGAUUACUAACAGUUCCAUUCAGGAGAGCGCACUUGAAAUGAAAGGAAUGCUCUCCGGAAUAGGACUCGAAUUCCGGAAUAUAACGAGACAGAAAAGGGAUGAAAUUGACGAGUUUCUUCGUGAAACGGGUCAAUCAGCGAGAGAACGGAAGUGCGAGUGCAGACAUCCGCAGGGACCGCCCGGAUUGGCCGGAAGAGACGGACUUUCCGGGCCGAAGGGAUCCGAAGGAGCACCCGGAUUACCUGCCCGCCUGCCUUGCGAACCGCCCGUCGAUUACAAGAAGCUUUGUUCGGAUCCAUGCCCGAGAGGGGUUCAAGGACCGCCCGGAAUCACGGUAACAAGUUUUGUGAGUGGGUCACGUACAGAUGUCUUCAUUUUGUAGGGAAUCAAAGGAGAUCUGGGUAAGUCUGGAGUUCCCGGCAAAAAUGGAAUCCGUGGAGAAAACGGUAAAAUGGGCCCGAAGGGUGCGGAAGGACCACAAGGAAUAUCUGGAUUAGACGGAGAAAUGGGAGACGCGGGUGCCGAUGCCUCUCCGAAGCCAUUCAUUCCCGGACCGCCUGGACCAAUGGGAGAGGAAGGGGAGUUCGGGCCUCCAGGGCCUCCGGGAAUGCCAGGAAUCGAUGGACCGAUCGGAGCUCAGGGACCGCGCGGAAGGAAGGGAAAGCCUGGAUUCCCUGGGAACGACGGAGCGGCUGGAGCAGAAGGACUCAUCGGAGAACGAGGAGACGAAGGGAACAGAGGGGUUGGUUGGAAUUGCAGUGCAAAUCAGAGAGAUCUUAAUUGCAGGUGUGUCCGACGUACUGCGCCACGGACGGCGGCGUCUUCUUUGUGCAGCCUCCAGAAUGGAUGCUCCAAUAA